AUGGGCUGCAUGAAAUCAAAGCAGACUUUCCCAUUUCCUACCACAACUGAGGGUGACAAGCGGCAGACAAGUGCAGAAAGCUUCAUGUCAGCAGAGAGAUUUCCACCUAGGAUGCCGUCUCCAGUUACCAUCCAGGAAGUGAAGGAACCCACAGAGCCCAAAAUUGUGGUCUCUGAAUUUGCACACCGCCUGUCCCAGGAAAUCGUGAGUGAUGCCUUGCAGCAGUGGGCAGACAAGAACAUCAAAUACUCUGACAUCCCAUAUAUUGAGAGUGAGGGGCCUUGACGCUGCAGAAUUAUAUCACUUUCUUGAACUGUGGAUAUAGUUGGUGCUAGUUUAAAUACAUGA